GGCGGCGGAGAGAUGAUCGCGGAGUUGGUGAGCGGCGCGCUGGGGCUCGUCCUCUACCUGAACACGCUCGGCGCGGAUUUCUGCUACGAUGACAGCCGAGCUAUCAAGACAAACCAGGAUCUUCUUCCAGAAACACCAUGGACUCAAAUAUUCUACAACGACUUUUGGGGCACUCUUCUUACCCACAGUGGGAGCCAUAAAUCAUAUCGACCUCUUUGUACACUUUCUUUUCGCCUCAACCACGCUAUUGGAGGAAUGGAUCCUUGGAGCUACCAUCUUGUAAAUGUCUUGUUACAUGCUGCGGUCACAAUUCUUUUCACAAGUUUUUCCCGAAUACUGUUUGGUGACGGAUAUUGGACCUUACUUGCUGGCCUGCUGUUUGCUUCUCAUCCCAUCCAUACUGAAGCAGUGGCAGGCAUAGUGGGAAGGGCUGAUAUUGGAGCUUGCCUCUUUUUCCUGCUAGCCCUAAUGUGUUACAUUAAACACUGCUGCAGAAGAAGUUAUUCAGAAGGAACCUGGGGCUGGCUCUUGGGUACAGGCGUGUGUGCCACCUGCAGCAUGCUGUGGAAGGAGCAAGGAGUGACAGUUCUAGCAGUUUCAGCAGUUUAUGAUGUCUUUGUGUUUCACAGGCUGAAAAUGCACCAAAUCAUGCCUGCUAUUAACAAGAGGAAGAAUUUACCACUACUUUUGAGCAUUGGUUUAUUGAUCUCCUGGGGAACUUUUCUGCUAGGUUUUCGCUUCUACUGGAUGGGGAACAAACCUCCCAGCUUUUCCAACUCUGACAACCCAGCAGCUGAUUCGGACACUUUUCUAACACGAACUCUGACUUUUUUUUACCUCCCAACCAAAAACCUUUGGCUAUUGCUGUGCCCGGACACUCUUAGCUUUGAUUGGUCCAUGGAUGCUGUGCCUCUUCUCAAAACAGUCAGUGACUGGAGGAACCUACACACAGUGGCCUUUUAUGCUGGACUUCUCCUUCUUGCUUACUCUGGUUUGAAAAACUCCAGCAAAGAGAGAGAAUGCAAUGGGAAAAAUAUAACCAACGGCAAGCCGAAUACCAAUGGUCAUAACUUUAUAUCAGAAAUGGAAUGCAAAAGCUUGGAGAUGAAGUCCAGCUUUCUGUCUAAAGAAGAAAAUGGUAUUAACAGACCCUUGCCACAGAAACCACAGCUUCCUUCAACUGAGAACAUUGUAGUUCUGUCUCUCUCCUUGUUAAUUGUGCCCUUUAUUCCAGCCACAAACCUGUUUUUUUAUGUUGGCUUUGUAAUAGCAGAGCGUGUGUUGUAUAUACCUAGUAUGGGCUUCUGCCUACUGAUUACCGUGGGCACCAGGGCCCUCUACAUAAAAACCCAAAAGCGCUUUCUGAAGAACUUGAUUUUUUUUGCCACUGCUGCAUUAAUUUUUUUGUAUGGACUCAAGACUUUUGUCAGGAAUGGAGACUGGCAGAACGAAGAGAUGCUGUAUAAGUCAGGGAUAAAAGUAAAUCCAGCUAAAGCAUGGGGUAACCUUGGAAAUGUUCUAAAGAGCCAGAGCAAGAUUUCUGAAGCUGAAAGCGCCUAUAGAAAUGCCUUGUACUACCGCAGCAACAUGGCUGAUAUGCUUUAUAAUUUGGGAUUGCUGUUGCAGGAAAGCAGCAGAUUCUCAGAAGCUCUACAUUACUAUAAAUUGGCCAUUGGAAGCAGACCUACUUUAGCUUCUGCCUAUUUAAAUACUGGUAUCAUCUUGAUGAACCAAGGAAAGGCGGAAGAUGCCAGGAGGACGUUUUUAAAGUGUUCGGAAAUCCCUGAUGAAAAUUUAAAAGAUCCUCAUGCUCAUAAGAGUUCUGUCACCAGCUGCCUUUACAAUUUGGGAAAACUCUACCAUGAACAGGGACAGUAUGAGGAUGCCCUCACAGUUUACAAAGAAGCAAUACAGAAGAUGCCAAGGCAGUUUGCACCACAGAGCUUGUACAACAUGAUGGGGGAAGCCUACAUGAGACUCAGCAGAUUACCCGAAGCGGAGCACUGGUAUGUGGAAUCACUACACUCCAAAACAGACCAUAUCCCAGCUCAUCUAACGUAUGGGAAACUUCUAGCUUUAACGGGUCGUAAGAGUGAGGCCGAAAAGUAUUUCUUGAAGGCAAUUCAACUGGACCCUACCAAGGGAAAUUGUUAUAUGCAUUACGGUCAGUUUCUGCUAGAAGAAUCACGCUUGAUAGAAGCAGCAGAGAUGGCAAAGAAAGCAGCUGAGUUGGAUAACACAGAGUUUGAUGUGGUUUUCAAUGCUGCCCACAUGCUCAGACAAGCUAGCCUCAAUGAAGCAGCUGAAAAGUACUAUAAAAUGGCAGCUGAACUGAGACCUAAUUAUCCAGCUGCCCUGAUGAAUCUGGGAGCAAUUCUGCAUCUUAAUGGCAAACUCCUAGAGGCUGAAGCAAACUAUCUCCAUGCCCUUCAGUUUAAACCAGAUGAUGUCAUUACACAGUCAAAUCUACGCAAACUCUGGAAUAUUAUGGAAAAACAAGGCUUAAGGACAUCAAAGACAUGACAAAGGGGGAAAAGUCCUUAGACCCUUUCUGUUGUUGUAAAGGGGGGAGAAAAAGUCAAUUUCAGAAGAACUCCCAGGAUGCUCUUUUGUUUGGCACUCAAAUUGGACCGGACUCCAGUUGUCCAAGGAUGUAAUUGCUGCUAGGAGAACCUACAGGGCU